GGGUAUAAAUCCAUUGUUCCGCAAGCGCAGCAGUGCUGUCGGCUCGUCGUGCCGCUACAAUAACUCUCUGCUCAUUACUCGUUCGCUUUCUCAUCCACAAUGAGGGAAAUCGUGCACAUCCAGGCCGGCCAGUGCGGAAACCAGAUCGGGGCGAAGUUCUGGGAGGUGAUAAGCGACGAGCAUGGCAUUGAUCCGACAGGGACGUACCAUGGAGACAGCGACCUGCAGCUGGACAGGAUCAACGUUUACUACAAUGAGGCUACAGGAGGUAAAUACGUGCCUAGGGCCAUUCUGGUGGACUUGGAGCCAGGAACUAUGGACUCUGUGAGGUCCGGACCCUUCGGCCAGAUCUUCAGGCCUGACAACUUUGUGUUUGGUCAGAGUGGUGCUGGGAACAACUGGGCCAAGGGUCACUACACAGAAGGGGCCGAGUUAGUCGACUCUGUCCUGGAUGUUGUGCGGAAAGAGUCUGAGAGCUGUGACUGUCUGCAGGGCUUCCAGCUCACCCACUCCCUUGGUGGAGGAACUGGAUCCGGAAUGGGAACCUUACUGAUCAGUAAGAUCCGUGAGGAAUACCCCGACCGGAUCAUGAACACCUUCAGCGUAGUGCCUUCCCCCAAGGUGUCGGACACUGUAGUUGAGCCUUACAACGCGACCCUGUCAGUCCACCAGCUUGUGGAGAACACAGAUGAAACCUACUGCAUUGACAACGAGGCUCUCUAUGACAUCUGCUUCCGCACCCUCAAACUGACCACGCCCACCUAUGGAGACCUUAACCACCUGGUGUCAGCCACCAUGAGUGGCGUCACCACCUGCCUGCGCUUCCCCGGUCAGCUCAACGCUGAUCUCCGCAAACUGGCCGUCAACAUGGUGCCUUUCCCUCGAUUGCACUUCUUCAUGCCUGGCUUUGCUCCGCUGACCAGCAGGGGGAGCCAGCAGUAUCGCGCGCUCACCGUUCCCGAGCUGACCCAGCAGGUAUUCGACGCCAAGAACAUGAUGGCUGCCUGCGACCCGCGUCAUGGCCGCUAUCUCACGGUGGCUGCAGUGUUCCGCGGCCGCAUGUCCAUGAAGGAGGUCGAUGAGCAGAUGCUCAACGUCCAGAACAAGAACAGCAGUUACUUUGUGGAAUGGAUCCCCAACAACGUCAAGACAGCCGUGUGUGACAUUCCGCCGCGAGGCCUCAAGAUGGCCGUCACCUUCAUCGGCAACAGCACAGCCAUCCAAGAGCUGUUCAAGCGCAUCUCCGAGCAGUUCACCGCCAUGUUCCGUCGUAAAGCCUUCUUACACUGGUACACCGGGGAGGGGAUGGAUGAGAUGGAGUUCACGGAGGCCGAGAGCAACAUGAAUGACCUGGUGUCAGAGUACCAGCAGUACCAGGACGCCACCGCCGACGAGGAGGGCGAGUUUGACGAGGAGGCUGAAGAAGACGCCUAAAGUCGUCCAGUGAAUUUACUCUCACUCCUGAAACUUUGGCAUGGUGGUGUUAAGACAGCUACAACUCCCUGAGAAAUAAUCAACGGAGCAAACAAACAUACAAGAAACCAACCUAGAGUCAGUGUCACUAGAAUAAUAAUUUAGGAGUCAUUAGUAAUGCCUUACCAAAUUAAAACGUCUCAAACAAAA